AUGCCGACUAUCCCCAAUGAUACCAGCGACGCUACACGACCGCCAGGAGCCCACAAAGAGCCACCUUUAAUAAGCCUCUCCGACCCAGAUACACCCGCAUUAAACGCCAGCAACCGAGAAACAUAUAAAUAUACCCCUUUGCCACUACGUACGAUCCGCUUGCUUCAUCUGAUGCCCCAUGAAGAUGAAGAUGCUGAGAUACAAGGCCAGCUAGUCGAAUACUCCCUUGAACGAUCCGGUGGUAGCCCAGCUCUAUAUGAAGCUUUAUCAUAUGUGUGGGGUGAUCCCAAUAAUCCACGCAAAAUCUCCAUCGAUGGGAAUAAAUUGCAGGUUACAAUAAGCUUACAUAGCGCAUUACAGCAAAUUCGACAUACGCUGAUGACCCGAGUUUUAUGGAUCGAUGCUAUUUGCAUUAACCAGGGAGACGAUGUGGAGAAGGGACAGCAGGUCGGGUAUAUGGCAGAAAUCUACAGCAAGGCUAGCCGCGUGAUUGUUUGGCUAGGUGAACCAGAGAAUGGAUGCGACAAAGCGCUUGAAGAUAUCUGUCUGGAGGUAGAUCAGAGAUCCAUGUCAUCUCUCGAACCCCAGGUUAAGGAACAAAUCUCAACGUUGCUUCAUCGGCCUUGGUUUGAACGAAUCUGGGUUCUUCAAGAAGUUGCUGCGGCGCGACAUGUCGUGCUAAAGUGUGGGUCUGUAGAAGUUGAUGGAUACGCCUUCUGUGUCGCAUUGAAUUCACAGUCCUUGGGUCUCCUGGAAGGAGUGUCACCGACUGUGCAGAACGUGGUCCACUCAGCAAUAUAUCUCAUACAAGGGGCAGCAUUUCGAUCUAGAAGAGUAGCUAGCUCCUCGAUGGGACGGUUCUCCCUUGGUAUCCGCCCCCUUGGUGAGCUGGUGGAGGUAUAUCAUACACGCAAGGCAACUAGACUACAUGACAAGGUUUUCGCUCUGCUUGGUAUGAGCUCCGAUGACCAAAUCGCAGCUGGCCUUUCCCCGGAUUACUCAAUACCCUGGUACACACUUAUGGAACGCCUUAUACAGGUUCUCCUUGGCCAGCAGGUGGCUGUCGCAACCUGGAUCGACAUGGAGAUGGCAGUUAUCCAGAGCAGGGGGCAUAUUAUCGGCAAGAUUACCGCGGUUGGCAAUCCUCAAGACAGAACCAAACAAGAAGUGACCCUCCUUCUGAAAGACCAGUGGAAUGAGCUAAGUUCAGUGAUGAGAUGGGAUCUUCCACCCUUAGCGAAAUCUGCCCGAAUUGGUGAUAUUAUCUGUUUCCUAGAGGGGGCUUCGAACCCUACAAUUGCCAGGCCAUGUAAAGAUCAUUUUCUAAUCAUCAUGAUCACAGCCCCCAAACUUCGAAGGAGUUUUCUGACGGGCACUCAAUGCAAUUUGUUACUUGUCUGGGAUUGGGAUGAUACCUAUGCGAGGAUUGAAGAGGGGUACUUCGAAGAGUUUAUGAAGGUUCGAAGCCCGGACCAUCUCAGUACAUCGACCUUCAGUUGGGAACGCGACACAACAAGAGCACUGAACAUGGCUAUGGUAUUGGAAGAGGUAGAAGAUUACCAAACAGCGGAGCGUACGCUUCAAGAAUUUGUCGACAAUCAGCGAAAGCAAUACGGCCACAACAGCCCAUAUUUACUGGAAUGUGAAAAAAGACUUGAAUCACUGCGCCAGAUAUUGAAACAUCUGGAUCAUAUGCAGGACAAGAGUUCGAAUGGCCAUGUGGCAGACAAACUUUAUUGCAGGAACUCUCGCCAGCGGGAGAGUUGGGUUGUCAGAAUCUGGGCACAACGAGAUGAUAUGCAGAACAUAGCGGCCACAGGUUUCUUUAUCCGUAUACCUGGUCUUGGGAAACGAGUCAUACUGACGGCCAGGUCAAAUCUCAUUGACUCGCGUGGGGCCAAGAACAAGAUAUUAAACAUCGGCUGGGUUGAGAAUGGCCAGUUCACUGCAUAUCCUACGGUCGGGUAUGAUAUUUUUGUAUCUGCCUCGGGAAGACCUGACCUCGAUACUGAAGUUGACGCUGGCUAUGGAGUGAUUAUCCUCCAUUCAACGGUUGAUAAGGACAUAAGCGAAGUUGGUUUUGAUUUUGCGCUUAAACUUGGACUAGACGACCUUCAAGGGCGAUACCUUGAGCUCUUUGGAUAUGAGGGCGGCCAAGCCGAGCCUUCUAUCAGCUCGGGAAGUUGUCUUGCUUGCUGGGAGGACAGCCUGAAACAUGACUGCCUGAGUAGACCGGGAUAUAGUGGCUCCCCUAUGCUUAUGGCAUACCAAGGGGCAUAUGCCGCAGUGGCUAUCCAGUAA